ACUUAUGGUCGACUGAGAUGUAAUGUACACAAAUGUAAUACAAGUGAUUACUUAUCCACCGAAUGUAUACAGCACAAAGUACAGAACUGUACUAUAAAUAACAUAAUAACGUGUUCUGUUUUGAUUCAGAUUUUUUUCUUGUAAGUCGCAGAAUGUAGGUCAAAAUGUUGAAGAGGAAGAUAGAAGAGGUUGGUGAUUCCCCCAUAUCAUCUGACAUUGAUGAAAACAGUAGUAGUUCUGUUAUAACUAACAGCAGUUCUGAUGUUCCAACAUCUAUAGUCAUGUCAAAAAAGAAACGUCAAAAGAAGUCAGUGAAGUUUAAAGGUGUGACUGUAUACUAUUUUCCAAGAAUGCAAGGGUUUACAUGUGUUCCAAGUGAAGGUGGUUCCACACUUGGCAUGUUAAACAAGCAUAGUCAUAUAGAGAGUUUUAGUAUACCAGAUCAUGCCAAGGAACAGAAGAGACUACAUACCUUGAUGAUUGAAGAAAUGAAGAAGCAAGAAAAGAAAAGUGCUAAAUAUCUUGGAAGUGACGAAGAAGAUGAUGACGAGGAAGACAUGGAAGAUGAUUCUGAUUUUGAAAAUGAUGAUUAUUAUGUACUGACACCAAUUACAACAAGACAGAGACGCAUACUACUUAGACAGUCUGGGGUUAAAAAAAUUGAAAGUGGUGAGAAGGAUGUAUGCAGAGAUAUACGUAACUCACGUGAGCUAUGUGGCUGUGACUGUCAGGUAUUCUGUGAUCCAGAGACUUGUGCAUGUAGUCGGGAAGGUAUACAGUGUCAGGUAGAUAGAUUAUCGUUUCCUUGUGGAUGUAGUAAGGAUGGCUGUGGUAAUCUACAAGGUAGAAUUGAAUUCAAUCCCAUUCGUGUGAGAACUCAUUUUAUUCAUACAUUAAUGAGGCUUCAGUUAGAUAAGAAAGAAGAGGAUCAUUCAUCACCUGUUACAAAAAUACAGAAAGGUCAAGAAUUAGAACAAGAGAAAAUUGAAUCAGAUGUUGACUCUGCACAUUGUUCUGACGAUGAACAAAAGACGAUUGACUUGUCUGAAUUUAACAGCAACGAAUUAGGGAGUUGUCGAGAUUGUCAGAAUUCGGAUGUCUGUAAUGUAAUGAUGCAGGAAGUUCAAUAUGCUUCUCAGCAACAAAGGACGGCACUGAUCUAUCAGUCUCAACAAUAUCGUGAAUCUCAGACAAACUUGUUACCAAGAGUAUUUCUCUAUAAUGAAUCUGAUGAACUUUAUAACACCGAUAGUAUGUCUUCUUUGUAUAAUUACAAAGAAGAUGAAAGCUCAUAUUCAGAGUCAAGUUCUACAGAGAAUAGCCCACCAUAUGAAAAUGUUGAUUAUCCAGAGAAAUCAUAUCAAACAUUAACACCAUUUACAACAGAAGAAACAAACCAAGACUUUCGUAGCCAUAGUAACAACAUUUCACAACAUAAUUCAUUCAUUUCAAAUUCACAGCCUGAAAAAAAGUACACAUCAUUAGAUUCUGCAGAUCAAUUUUACAAAGUUGACCAAAUGACAGGGGUUGGUCAUAACAACUGGAUGUCAUAUUCAGGACCACAAAAUCGUGUGGUAUCCACAUGUUAUACAACAAUGACAAACACUACCAGUGAUAAAAUUGCUGAAGCUUGUCCCGCCAUAUUAUCACACAUAAAUAACCAAGAUAAUGGAUACACUGAUGGCAUUAAGGUGGAGAAAUAUGAAGAUCCAUUCUCUGUCAAUUGUGGUGAUGUUAAAACUUACAUAGACCUAGACAAAAGCUCAUCAAGCCAAUCUGAAACGGGUAACCAUUGUGUUACCAAUCAACAAGGGCAAUCAGAAGCACAGACAUGGAAAAAUUCUUCAGAAGUAGGUCAGAACUUUGGUGAAAUUAUUAAAGAAUCAUUGGUAGAAACUGUGCAUGUAUCGGCUUGACCAACCUGGUAAUCUCAACUGUAAAAUUUUUCUGAUUUCAGUUAGUGUAUUUGAUUAAGAGACUUUUAUCUACCUGUUUAAAAGUGUAGUGAAGCUAGUCCAUUGUAUAUUGGACUUAAAUGUUUUUUACAGCUUGACAUCUAACACUGAUGUCAUCAGUAGCCCUUUAGUUGCCUUCACUUCAAAGAUUAAAUAUACAUUAAAAAACAUUCACCAAUCAAAAAUGUUUGCAAAGGUAAGUGGUAACAUUGUAGUCAGAAAUGUUUUACUGCAAAGAAUCUCUUUGGCCCUUGUAGACAAGAUGUGCUGUCAGCUAAUUGGGAAUGGUGAUCAGUCGUUUCAUUGACAGCAUGCUGUUAUAAUCAUAUCACUAAGAAUGGCUGUAAGGUGGUUAAUAUUACCAUGUUACAGUGGUGCUGUUAAGAUACAUGUUAGUCAUUUCUUUGGAAGUUAAUAUAUUUCAAUGUAACAAAACAAGUGUCUACCUUCACCAAAAUUUUCUAUGGGGCGAAAAGAUAAGUACUGUUUGAGAGGAAGCUUGGUGAUAUGAUUAAGGUACUUUUAUAUAGAGAUUGGAAUAAGGUUCGUGAUAUGAUACAAUUCAUCACAUGUAUGUAAUGUGAUUUUUUUACAGUUCUUUGUGAAGAUAUAUUGUUUCCAUUGUUGUUAUCAAACUGAAUCUUUGUCUCAGAUCCAAAUAAAUAUUGUGUUAUUUGUUAUGUAUUUUGUUUUUAAGAAAGUAUAAGGACAUCAUUGAAAUUUGUAUUUGAGGCAAACUUGGGUGGAAGAAUCAAUAGUAUUUAUUACAUAUCCAAAAAGUCAUUUAAUAUAUAUUGGUCUGAGAUUAAGCUUCUUGUUAAAUGUGAUAAGUGUAAAUCAAUAUUUUACUUACAUCUUCAUGUAUAAGAUUGUUUUCUUUAUGAUAGUAACAUGAGUAAUGCGAUCAAACAAUUGUACAUAUUUUUCCUUCUUAUUUUAAACAACUAUCAUGAAUAUGUUUCUUAUAUUUGUCAGAAUUUUAUGAAUUGUAAAUGUUAAAUUUUGAUGUUAAUUUACAACUUAUUUAUUCAUUUCUUCUUUAUACUUCUAGAUCUGAUUUUACAAAUUGAACAUAUAUUCUGAAGUAUGAAAAAAAAUUGUAGCAGAGUUGUCUUCCUAAUGGCUAAAUUGAAAAUUUAAGACAUUGAAUUUAAAGAGCUAAGUCAAUAUGUGUACAUGUAGGUAUGCUGACAUGAAAACAUUUUUCAACAUCAGAACACUAUUACAUAUUUUUCCAUAAACACAUGACAAGAAAUAUCAAGUUAUUCAAAUGAAUAUUUCAUUUUGUUCUGGUUGGAAAAACUUAUUGGCCUGAGACAGUCCUUUAUUUUGAUUAGUCUGUUUUCAAAUUUACUUCUCUUUUGAAAUUCGUUGCAAGGUCUCUCUAUUAUAUUCUAUAGGAUGAUUUGGAGUCCCUUUUACCAUUCUUGCAAGGAUUUGGAGUUCCUUUACCAUUCUUACAGGGAUUUAUUUUUUUAGCUCACCUGGCCCAAAGGGCCAAGUGAGCUUUUCUAAUCACUUGGUGUCCGUCGUCUGUUGUCGUCCGUUAACUUUUACAAAAUUCUUCUCCUCUGAAACUACUGGACCAAAUUUAACCAAACUUGGCCACAAUCAUCAUUAGGGUAUCUAGUUUAAAAAAUGUGUCUGAUGACCCCGCCUGCCAACCAAGAUGGCCGACAUGGCUAAAAAUAGAACAUAGGGGUAAAAUGCAAGUUUUUUCUAUUAUUUUGAAAACCGUUAUAAAUAGAGAAAAUCAGACAGGAGCAAAAAAUGUUCAGCAUGUUGAGUUCUACCUAAUGUCCAUAUAUGUCAAAACUGUCAGACGACUUCUUAUAGGGGUUUUUGCCCUUAAAUGACAAAUUUUACCAUUUUUUUUCAUAUUUGCCUAUUGUCUUGAAAACUAUAAUAGAUAGAAACUUUUGCAAAAUUGAUCAGCAAGAAAUUCUACAAAUAAGUCUACAUGGUUGAAAUCAUCAGUCGACUCCUUAUUAGAGUUAUUGCCCUUUGGUGAUGAUUUUUACCAUUUUUUUGCGUUUUAUCUUAUAUGAUAAAAAUUAUAAAAGAUAAAUAGACACUUCAAACACUAAAAUGAUCAGCAAGGCAAGAUCUACUAACAAGUCAAAUUUUGCUGAUAUAGUUAGUAGACUGUCACUCUUUAUAGGAGUGAUUGCCCUUAAAUAAAGAUUUUUUGACCCUCUUUUUUGUUUGGAGCAAAAACCAAAGAAGAUAGAGAGAAGCUAAACAGACUAAAUGAUCAGCAAUACAAGAUCAACAAAACAGAGAUUUUUGUCAUGAAUUCUAUUCUCGUCUACAAUGUUGGAGAGUGUCCUUUGUUGAAUAUGCACAUAGACCAAGGCGAGCGACACAGGCUCUUUAGAGCCUCUAGUUUGUAUUGAUUGGAUGGUGUUUGUUGGCAGCAAUCUUUAAAGAUGCCACAAAUUUUAAAUUGACGUGAUUGAACACACUUUUGGAAAUCAAGUUUUCAUCUUUUUCUUUGAAAUUUUGUGGAAUAUCAGAUAUAAUGGAAGGAAGGUUUUGUCAAAAAUAUUCUUUUUCUUCCAUAUGCUGCAUGAAAUAUUAUCCUAUAAAGCUACAUGUACCCAUUCUUUAUUCUGAUCAGUAAGUUUUAUCCUAUAAAGCUACAUGUACCCAAUCUUUGCUCUGAUCAGUCAGUUUUAAAAUUUGUUCUCUAUUGUUACAACAAAAGUCAAUUUUUUUUUAUAUACAUAUGUAUGAACAUUUGGAAACUCUCUUCACCAUUUUGUACUUGGAUCGCAUACAUAUAGCAGCAUUUACAAAGGUUCUUUUGAACACAUUUAGAAAUAAUUGUUCAUCUUAAUCCCUGAAGCCACAUCUGUUUGAAAUAAUCACUUUAUUAUGAACAGUAGGGAAGCAAGAUUUCUGUCAUAACGAUUAUUGUUUUUAUACGACCGCAAAAAAUUUUGCGGUCGUAUAUCGGUAUCACGUGGUCGUCAGCGUCGUCCGAAGACAUUUGGUUUCCUGACAGUAACUUUAGUAUCAGUAAAAAGAAAUCUAUGAAAAUUAAACACAAGGUUUGAAACCACAAAAGGAAGGUUGCGAUUGAUUUUGGGGGUUAUGGUCCCAACAGUUUAGGAAUUAGGGGCCAAAAAGGGACCCAAAAAAGCAUUUUUCUAGUUUCCAGACAAUCACUUGUGGAACAGUGUAUGGAUCUUUCUGAAAUUAUACCACAAGUUUCCAU